GCUAAAUGAUCUGCGUAGCUACAGAAUGAGCCUCCGAGUCACCACCAAAGAAAUACGAGUAGCCUUCGCUGCUUCUGAUUUGAUCAUCUGACCUCUUCCUCAUUCCUCAUAUAUAUUUUUUCAACAUUUAAAAGUGAAACAUUUCUGGGUUUCUUCAGAAGACUUACGUAUGGAUGGAAAUACUCAGGCUUCACGAGCUGAGACGUUUAAAGUGUGUGCAAGUUCUACACUUUUCAAAGCGGAGACGUGCAAUACUUACGGAUUCGCUUGGCGUUAUCAAAACAAACAAACAAACAGGUUUGAAAGACAUCAGCUGGUUCUACAUGGAGAAAAAAACGUUACUGAAAUGGACAUUAUGCAUUACAGUCAUCUUUGUAUUAACGACUGCCAUGUGGAUGAAUCGUAAGAAUUUCAGCUCAAGCCUUUACGUACACGAUGACACAAUUAUCCAUAAUGAUGACAGUCCAAUACACUCAAACCAGACAACUAUAACCCCAAUUAAUAACUCAAACCAGACAACUAUAACCCCAAUUAAUAACUCAAAACAGACAACUGUAACGCCAAUUAAGAAUGCAAAACAGACAACUGUAACCCCAGUUAAGAACUCAAAACAGAAAACUAUAACCCCAAUUAAGAACUCAAAACAUUUAAUGGUUUCUGCCUUCAAAGACCACAGGGUAAAUGGAGCAACUCGGAUCAUCAGCAUCUUAAACAGAGACCACCUGCAGCCACUGUUUUGUAUUUUCUGUUGUGGAAACAAUUAUUCCACUCCUGCAGAAAUAGAUGUGCACAGUGACCAUUUUGGAUUUUCAUAUGUGACCACUGAUGUGCUGUGUAAAAAUAAACCAAACUGCAAUGCCACACAUGUCACAGUCUCUCUCCUGCCAGACAAGGUGGACAGCCACAUAGACUUCCUACCAAUACAGAACCAGAAAUGGCAAGAGGAAGCCUUCCCAUAUGAAUUUACAAUUUGCAUCUCCAACCUGUUUGCAAGCUAUAACAAUGUCCUUCAGUUUGUACAGACUAUGGAAGUGUACAGGCUCCUGGGUAUUCAGAGAGUGGUUAUCUACAACACCAGCUGUGGUCCAGACCUUGAGAAGGUGCUGCAUUACUACAGUGAGGAGGGCAUGCUGGAAAUUGUACAAUGGCCAAUAGACCAAUUCCUCAAUCCCUCCAAAGGCUGGAACUUCAAAGAGCAUGGGGGGGACAUGCAAUACUAUGGUCAACUGACUACUCUUAAUGAGUGCAUCUACAGAAACAUGUACAGGUCCCGGUAUGUGCUGCUGAAUGACAUUGAUGAGAUCAUUAUGCCUUACCAACACGCAAACCUACAUCUGCUCCUGGAGGAUCUCCAACACCAACAACCAAAUGUGGCCGUUUUUCUCAUUGAGAACCACAUCUUCCCGAAAAGCCAGUUUGAUGAGAGUGGCCGGUUCAACCGCACAGAGUGGAAGAAGGUGCCAGGGAUCAACAUCCUGGAACAUGUUUACAGAGAGCCAGACAGGAAGCACGUUUUCAAUCCUACCAAGAUACUUGCCAAUCCCAGGCAGGUGGUGCAGACGUCUGUGCACUCAGUCCUAAAGAAUGCUGGAGGUACUUACAGGGUACCACCAGAUGUGUGCAGAAUUGUGCACGUCAGAGGACCCCUACAAGGGAGCCUCACCAAGGAACAACUGUUUGUGGACAAAAAGCUUUGGGAAUUUGAAAAGGCCCUCCUGCCAAAUGUUGAUAAUGUAUUGAAGAAAUGUGGGAUCUUUUAUUUUCUGUAAAGUUUCUGUGAAGUUUGAGUUCUCUGCGCUUUUAAUGAGUGAGUGCCAAGCGCGUGCCAAGAUUGUUCCUGUAGCAUUUGGGUGAAGGGGAAGGAAUGAAACAUGAACUCAUAUGUAUUUAUUUGUCUGGAGUGGACUCUGAGUGUUUCCACUUCUAUUUACACAAAAAUUGGGAGAUUAAUGAUUUUAGCACAUUCUUCUGCUGAUUGAUAUGUUUUUGUGGAGCAAUCCAUUCUGAAUUUAUCGAUGUGCUUAUUCUUUUGAGUGUUCCACUUGCACGAAUGUAUCGAUUGUCCAUCAGCCCACACUUUUAUGCAGAAAGAAUUCCUAUCUUGUGGCUGAUGAAAGCAUUCAUAUCUCAUGUUACGACAGAAUGUUAACUCAUUUUGAGAAUGUCAAACUACCUUCUUCAAUUAUAUGCCCUGCAAUUAAUUUUUAAA